CAAGCCUCCACUUCUAUUCACUCCACUUGAAAAUGGCCAACUUAAUCACCUUGUUUUCGCUGUGGUUGAGUAUGAUGUCUACUAUCUACAGUGUGAAGCUUAUAGCAAAUGGAAGUACUAAGGGAGAAUCCACAAGGUUCUAUGAUUUCAAGGUUCAAACUAAAAGAGUUACCAAACUUUGCAACUCCAAAGACAUUGUUACAAUUAAUGGUAUGUUUCCAGGACCUGUUGUUUACGCCCAAGAAGAUGAUAGAAUCAUAGUAAAAGUGACCAAUAUGACACCUUUCAAUGUUACAAUUCACUGGCACGGUGUCCGGCAAAGGCUAUCAUGCUGGUAUGAUGGGGCAUCCUUGAUUACACAAUGUCCAAUUCAAUCAGGCCAAAGUUUCACCUAUAAUUUUACAGUGGUGCAGCAGAAGGGCACCUUCUUCUGGCAUGCUCAUAUUUCUUGGUUAAGAGGAACAGUUUAUGGUGCCAUGAUUGUUUAUCCAAAGACAGGAGUACCAUACCCAUUUAACUUUCCCUAUCAAGAGCACAUAAUUAUACUAGGGGAGUAUUGGCUGCAGGAUCUCCAACAAAUUGAGAAUGCCACUAUAGCAAGUGGAGGACCUCCUCCUAUAGCAGAUGCAUAUACCAUUAACGGUCAUCCAGGACCUAACUACAACUGCUCCACUAAUGAUGUCUACCAAAUCAAUGUGAUUCCGGGGAAGAUCUAUUUGUUAAGACUGAUUAAUGCUGGUUUGAACACUGAGAACUUCUUUUCCAUUGCUUAUCACAAUUUAACAAUCGUGGAAGCUGAUGCAGAAUACACAAAGCCAUUCACCACAGACACAGUAAUGAUUGGACCUGGUCAAACACUGAAUGUCCUUCUCUCUGCAGAUCAACCAAUAGGAAAAUACUCCAUGGCUAUAACACCUUACAAGUCUGGAAGGUUUGUCAAAUAUCAAAACAUUUCGGCUAUAGCCUACUUCAACUACAUAGGCACUUCAUCUGAUAGCUUACCUUUACCAGCUAAAUUGCCUAAACUAGAUGAUAAAUUGGCUGUCAAGACAGUCAUGGACGGAUUAAGGAGCCUAAAUCAAGUCAAUGUUUUCAAAGAAAUUGACAAAAAUCUAUUCGUCACCAUUGGAUUGAAUGUUCAAAAGUGUCAUUCAAAGAAACCAAAGCAAAACUGCCAAUUCAUGCACAAUGGGGUAUUAGCAGCUUCAAUGAACAAUGUAAGUUUUGUUAAUCCCAAUAUUUCAAUCCUGGGAGCAUAUUAUAAGAAGAUUAAAGGAUCAUAUACUGAAGAUUUCCCAGACACCCCCCCAAAGUUCUAUGACUUUGUUAAUGGUGCCCCUAAUAACAUUUCAUACGACACGCAGUCAUUGAAUGGUACUAGAACAAAAGUCCUUAAAUAUGGUAGCAGGGUGCAACUCAUUAUGCAGGACACAGGGAUAGUCAACACUGAAAACCACCCUAUGCACUUUCACGGCUACAGCUUUUAUGUGGUAGGGUAUGGCACAGGCAACUAUAACCCACGAACAGCAAAAUUCAAUUUAGUGGAUCCUCCAUACAUGAACACAAUUGGAGUUCCAGCUGGUGGAUGGGCAGCAAUUCGCUUUGUUGCUGAUAAUCCAGGGGUGUGGUAUAUGCACUGUCACAUUGAUAUACACAUGCAAUGGGGACUAGGAAUGGUAUUUAUAGUAAACAAUGGAAAAGGAGAGCUGGAAUCCUUACCACAUCCUCCACCAGACCUGCCACAAUGUUAAGACUACCAGCGGAUCAUAACAAAUAGAACUAGCACAUGAUUUUGAGACCUUCUCAUUCAAGCGUUCUUUAGUUCCAUUUUUUUGUUACCAUAGAAUGUGGUAUUGGCAUUAGGCUUAAUUGCAGAUUUAGUCUCCUUAUUUAUAUCAGAUUUCGAAUUUGGUCCCUCUAUAAUUUAAUUCACGAAUAUAAUUCUUUAAUUUUUUGCAAUCCUAUUAUUUUAGUGUCCAAUCCCAAAAUUGAACGUUGAUAUUUGCUUAUCUUGACGGUCACGUGUCACGUUUUUAUUGGACGUUAAUUUCGUACACCUAAUUAAUGUCAACGUCCAAUACGUCCAAUAAAAGUGUGACACAUUACAGUCAAGUAAGCAAUUAAUGGUUCAAUUUCAGGAUUGGAGACUGAAAUUACGGGAUUACAAAAAACCGGAGGACUAAUUUCCUGAAUUUGAAUUAAAUUAUAGGCGGACCAAAUUCGAAAUCUGAGAGAAAUAGGGGGACAAAUUUACAAUUAAGUCAUUCUUUUAAAAGUAAAAGCAAAAUACUAUGGAUGUAAAAAAGUAAGAUGACUAGUAUGUUUGGUAAAGAUUAAAUUUGGAGAAAUAAUGGCUUAUUUUUUCAAAAGUUCUAUUAGAAAG